AUGAAAUGUAACACUAACUGGCGAAUCCCUUUCUGCAGCGAUAACUGCCGUUGCGCCCAAUGCGUGAACCAGGAUACCCUACAGCGCAACUUUGACACCUUUGCGAUACCCAAGGACAUUUCGCCAAUUGAAAUAUCGCCCAAAGAUGACGGCGUCGACAUAUUAUGGUCGGACUCCCACAAGAGCCACUACCCCUGGUCUUGGCUCAACUUUACUGUUCAGGAGACGAAUAACAAGAAGCUCUCAAAUCAAGAGAGGCUAUGGGGCGCAACAGUAUCUUCAGCUCCUCCAGAAGUCAAUUAUGAAAACGUUAUGAGCAGCACUUCUCCAAAGGGAAUGGCUGAAUUGACGGGAAAGAUUCGCCAAUAUGGGUUUUGCUUUGUCACCAACUCGCCCAAAACUCCAGAAGAUACAGAGAAGCUCCUAGAAACAAUUGGGCCUAUUCGAAACACUCACUACGGAGGCUUUUACGAUUUCAUCCCAGAUCUAGCUCUCGCUGAUACAGCCUACACCAACCUGGCUCUUCCGGCGCAUACAGACACGACAUAUUUCACUGAGCCCGCAGGUCUGCAAGCAUUUCAUCUACUAUCUCAUACGCCACCUACAAAUAAGUCCGCCGAUGAGGUGCUGGGCGGACAGUCACUCCUUGUAGAUGGAUUCAAUGCCGCCGAGACCCUUAGAAAGGAGUCACCAGGAGAUUUCGAGAUUCUGCGCAAGAUUAAGCUCCCUUGGCAUGCUAGCGGCAACCAGGGAGUGGCAAUUGCGCCUGAUAUGGCAUAUCCUGUGAUUGAAGGCAGUGGCGAGAAGUUGCAUAGGAUUAGGUGGAACAAUGAUGACCGAGGAGUUGUCCCCCUGGAUGUCGACGUUGAUGCGUGGUACCAAGCGGCUCGAAAGUGGGAUGAGAUACUGAAGCGCAAGGAAAGCGAAUAUUGGUUUCAGCUUGAACCCGGGCGAGUUUUGAUCUUUGAUAACUGGCGAGUGCUUCAUGGGAGAAGCGCAUUUGAGGGACUGCGACGUAUCUGCGGUGCUUAUAUCAGCCGUGAUGACUUUAUCUCGCGUUGGAAAAUGACCAACUUUCCGCGUGAGGAGGUGAUUGCAUCGAACAUGCAGCUGCGAUAA